AUGGCUUGUCUUAAAGAAAUCGCUACGUUUUUGUUUCUUGGGUUCUUGCUGGAUUUCUCAAGAGCAAGAUAUAAUGAUAAACGUAGGUAUAAUUACAAUUGAAAACAACCACACACCACGUUUCUCUAUAAAAAAAACAACUUCCUCUGGUUACAAAGAUUUCCUGGUACAACAUGGCCACAUCCGUUCUUCAAUUAGUUGUAAUACUUGUGUCAUAAUCAGUGAAGAAAAAAUGUUUAAAUUGCUACAUCAAAUCUCAAUUUCAGAGCUCACAGCGUUCGGCACAGACCAAAACAUCGAUAGAACUCAAGAGUCGUUGAUACUCAAUUCAUGGAUGGAAUCAGAGAGAGUGACUUUUGGAAGGUCGAAACGUCAAAUUAAAUCAAAGAAGAGGACCUUGAGAUAUCGUUUGCCAUACUUCCCUCUGUAUCCAAUAGACCUACCAGGUAAUUGUUCAUCUAUUACCCAGUUAUACUUGUUUAAAGGAAGCAGUUCGUGUUAAGUUUUGACAGUGGCGUGAAUUGUCAGAAGUUAGUCGUUAAGUUGCAAACGAUAUACUCAUCUGUUCCACUAAGGCAUACAUCUUAUCUUGGCUUCAUUAGCGAUGACGAUUUGCAGACACUCUUAGUCAGCGUAAAGAAAAAGGAAUUAACUCUCUCCUAACACUUUGGUAUUUUUAUUUAUUUGCACGGAGUUUUAUGGCGAGAUUCAAGCUGUUUAGCAUGCUCCAAGUGAUUUUUUUGUACAAAAUAAUCUGUCCAACCUCUCCAACCUCUCUGCCGCACGUUCUAUUUAGAGAUCAAAGAAAAUUGCCGCCAUACCUUCUCGAAGUUUCUCGGUUCAAAUGUUUCUUACAAUUUAGCCUUUUUUCGUCAUUUAGUAAAGCGAAAUCUAUAAAUCUCAUAUUUUAAUGAUUCUUUAACUGAUAUGUCAAAAUUUUUCUGGUUGUUUAGAUUUUCAUUGAUUUGUUUCGUUAAAAAUCAUUUAUCUUAUGAAAAGUUGUAAAAUUUUCUCUAAAUGAUAUUAUGGUUAUCAUAACGACAACAAAGUUAAAUUACACUCGGUGAUAUGAAUGUAGUCACAUGGUAAUAAACCCAUUAUGAAAAGUUAAAGUGAUAAAUCUUCCCUUCUUUAAAUUUGUCAACUGACUUCAAAGGAUGAAAACUAUAAAACUUUGUCGAAGCAAGUCCGGAAACACUAAACCAACAAAUGCUUAUUGAAAGAUUAGCCUGGGUCACACUUUUACCCCAAAUGGAAUUACGCAGGUUUUUAAAACAAACCGUCGAAUCUCCUCUAAUCUUACAAUAAUGUGAGAAUUACGAGAAUUUGGAUCAGAUCAAAUGAAACUCGACAACGUCGUAUUAAAACUGACAUAGAAUACCAGAACAAGUGUGUGUGUGUGUGUGUGUGUGUGUGAGAAAUUUAAUAAUGUGAUACGUGAGUGUGGCGAGUUUUUGUAAUAAAUCUUUUCUUUCUUUAUUCCUGUUUUCGUUUCGAAAAAGAGAAUAUCGAUGAUAGAAUUUCAUUCCUGAGCUGCUUUUUCAGCCUAUCGCAGAGAAACGAACGCUUCAAAACAAUGUUUUAAAUGUACUGAGAGGAGAGACUUUUCUCCCGAUGUUCUUUCCUUACCCAGCAGACUAAACAUACCGAAACUCGAACUCAUUAAGAGUUGGCCUGAUCAGUAUUCAUCAAAAAAGUAUUAGAUGUAUCAAAACCCUGAAAGAAUUCCAAGACAAUUAAAUAAGUACGAAAAAGUGACUGAUAUCAGUAAGAAUGCGCAGAGAGCAUUCUAUUAAUUAACACGGCGCUGUCAACAUAUCUAAUCCUAUGCCUACUGCGGAUUUCUCACCAGUGAAAGUGUGAAGACACAACAGUGAUGUUAUAACACACGCCAGGAGUAAAGUUAACUUAAGGUUGUAUAGCUGAUAUGCUCUGCUGUGCGGCUCAAUUCAUGUCUCCAUUCCAAACAUUUUUAAACAGCACUUAUGAAUCAGAUCAACAACAACAUCUGGUUCGUCUCCGCUGAUCACUAACCUGUAAAAUUCUUCCGGUCCCUCUUGAGUACAAAAAUACCAAACAUCUUAUUUUUCAAGAAAGAUGUUUUUUCGUCUUGUCACGAGCGUGGAACAAAGAAAAAUUCUGAGUUCUCAUGAGGAAUCGAACCUCAGACCUUCGGAUUUGCGCUCCGAUGCUCUACCACUGAGUCACAAAGACUCUUCGGUGAGCGGGGUCUAUUACGAAGUUCUAAUGACACGCGUCCUGUCAAAAACAUUACGCUAUCGACAUUGCUGAUCCUAGCAGUAUGCAGGACGCGUGUAAUUCUUUUAAGAUGCUUGAGUUAUUGUGCUACGUACCCAUACAAACGCCUACAAUUCACUGGAAUAUGGGAUGUCGCUGAGCUUAUUUUAAGCUCAAAACAACAACAUUAACAACUUUAAAAACAACAACUAGAUUUGAAGCUGUCAACUGGUACAUACUGCUAACGUGCGCUGGCUAAAAAAUGCAACGACAUAUUCACUUUCCUCUUUGUCAACCGAUCUGUAUUUAAAAAUUCUUCAGAUCCGUAUGUAACAUGCAUGAUUUGAAGUCAAUCUUUUUAUUAAAAAAUCAUUUUUCUCUUUUAUCUGCCAUAAGCGCAGCUCUCGAGGGCGUGAGUAGUUUUCCAGACGUACCACCUCCAGUGCGUAAAUCAGAGUUAUUGAGGCGUUUUAAGUAACCUCGCUAAUCAAUCCUAUUUAGUCUGUCUCGAUCGCGAACCUUUGCGUCAUUUAUACUUUAAUGGUUCAAAUAUUGCCUGUUGAACUGGUUCCAAGCUGUUUUUGUUGUUUUUUUUUAUCAGCUUUCUUAACUUGCUUGUUCCUGUUUUCAUUUUAAAUAUUUAUGGAAAGACAGGAAACUGUUCUGACGAAUUAGCUCAAAAGCUGCCUGCCUGCCAGGUCAUGUAGGCAAUAGGUUCCAUUGAAAUCCGCAGAAUUCUGAAAAAGGCAUUUAUAUUCUGAAAACGCAAUGAAAGUUAUGCGUCCUUAAAAAACGGAAAAUGUGUUUCGUCCUCACAAACAGUGAUCAUCAGCAGCGGAGACGCUCGAUAGCAUCUUUAUACAUGCGCAUAAUAUGCACCUCAUCAUCCCACCGAAAAAACGCUAAACGUAGAUGACGUUAGUAGUUGGACGAGUGAAUUUUUGACUAGGGUUUAAGUUCUCAAAUUCCUCUUCUGCUUUUUCGAUGGACAGCUGACCCAUAGGAACGUGGAGGGUAAAGCUAACCGUUCUGCUGUCGUUUUGCUAAUUGAGUUUUGCUGUAAAAUGUGUGACGGCGUUACUUUCAUUUUUUUUUGCUUCACAUUGUAGAGUGUAAAGACAAGGAGCGUGAAGCAAAGAGUGGAAUGUGUAAAUCCUGGGCAAAGUCUGAUUUCUGUAAAAAAGCAAAGUCCGUGAUGGAAACAUACUGCCCGAAGGAAUGCGGAUUUUGCAGUAAGUUGCUGUUUACUCUCCAGAAUAUAAUAAUUCUUGCUCCACUCGUCACUCUUUUGGUUCCCCGUCUAUUACUCGUGAGGGGGGAGGGGGAUACAAUAAGUCGGGUGGUAUAAAAUUUGUCGGGUGGUCGAAAUUAAACUGAGGCUCCUUAUACGUGACGGAUUUACUGCGCGUAAAAUAAAACAAAAUGUCUUCAACACUCGGAGCAAACGUAUUAAAAAGUGAUGUUCUGAUGUACUAUAUGCGAGUUGGACUGCAUAGCUGGCAACAGCCGUGAGUUAGAUGAAGUGAAUCCUGUCUUGUGAUUGGCUACUGGUGGGCUUGCCUUGAUUGUGCUCGUAAAAUACUGAAAAGUUGCUAAACAUUUGUCAAAAAUCCACAUAGUUUCUACCUGAAUAUCAAAAGAUGCUACCUAAAUUUCUGGAUAGGAAGUUACGUUAUUACAACUUAUUAAUUUAAAGACUAGCACACGCCGUUACAGUUGGCAUUCUCAUUGCCCAGCGCUCGAAACAAACCUGUCAUCUUGGUCCUUAUUUUAAAAGCGUAAGAUAAAUCCAUUAUAUAUUGACCAAGCUUGAUUAAUCAAGGAUACCGGAUAUUAACCUGAUUCUUUUUUAUUUGCGGUUUUGUGGAUCUCGACUCGUCUUGGUCCAUGAAAAUAGAGAAAAAAAGAACUCAACCAAUAUCCAACCAUCUCGACCUCGCGCUUAUUCAGUAUCACAUGUAUAUGUAAUCAGAUUAUAGCAUGAACAAAAAGCACUCCUGCUAGAAAUAAACCUAAGGGCUGAAUAAAUUAAAGUGGUAGACGUAACACUGUACAACGAGACAUUUCCUAUUGUGUUUUGCCAAGUUAUGUUUAAUAUCGAAAGUAAAACUGAUGAUCUUAUCUCAUCUGUCACGCCACUUUGUUAAUUUUUUACUCAUAUUCCGGGAAAAAGAGGAUGUUUUGUAAUUGUCGGGAGUUCGAGAAACAGAAGGAACUUAAAUAAUUCAUGGACGGCAUUCUAGCGACGACAUCGGUUGCUUAAGCACUUACAAGAGAGCGUUUGGAGAGAGGAGAAGAAAAUUUACAACAAGUUUACAGUCAUGGCUGAAAUUGUUGAAGAAUUUGAGAGAAAAGCGAGAUUUAAAGAUGAAAUUGAAGCUGAUUUAAUCCGAGAGAAGCUCGAAACACUGGUGAUCAGCAUCCUGACGAAAGUCGAGCAGAGAGACGAGCGGUUUGAGAGCACUCUUAUCCAGAGCGGAAGUGUUUACGAAGGAGCUAAAGUUCGCCAGCCAGAUGAAUUCGACUUUAUGGUGAAACUUAAAUCUCUCGCGAACAAGCCAUCCUUUCAUCAGUGCGAAAAGAGUGAAGGUUACGUUAAGCUCGCUCUGGAAGAAAACAAAUGGAGGGAAUUUCGAGACGAAGAGGGCUUCUUCAGUCCAAACAUGGUCUGUCGCCAUUUUAAGAAACUCGUGAACGAAUGUUUAAGCGAGGCAGAAGUACCAAAGGAACUUCAGAUCCAGCGAGCUAGUCAAGAAUUGUUGGGCGGGUCGUGGGGACCGGUGUUUUCUGACAUACUUGGUAGCAGUGGCGCCGAAGACAGUGCAUCUGGAGUGAUGUACUCUGAAACUCACGGCCCAGCCACAACACUUUACAUCGAUUGGCAAGGCGGAGAGACUUACAAAGGCCUCACCGUUAGUGUCGACCUGACCCUUACAAUAGAGUACCCUUCAUCCAGCCUCCCUGUUCAGUUGAGGAGCAUCCCGCAAGAAGCAGAAGCGAUCUUUCAUGAGUGCGGAUUUCACGUGGUACCUGCUGCCUUUGAUAUGUGGCGUAUAUCGUUUUCCACGGCCGAGCGAAGGAUGCUCACCUCUGCUCCAGAUGGCUUUAAAACAUGUUACCGAGUUCUGAAAACUCUGCGUGAUGACAUCUCAGAGAAACUACAGCUAGAAUCCUCCCUGUUGCCGUCAUAUAUGUUUAAAACAGUCCUUUUGUCAGAGCUCUUUUUCAAGCCGACCCAUUUGUGGGAAAAGGAAAUUCUGUCACAAAGAAUCACUCACGUCUUAGAAAUUAUUUUGCAAGAGGUGAAACGGGGAGAAAUUCAGAACUUCCUUAUACUAAGAUGCAAUCUGCUGGCUGAGGGUGGUUAUGAAAGCAAGCUGCGUCUUUGCAUUUUGAGCGAAAUGCUGAAUCGUGUGAAAGGCUUAGAAAUGACCCGCACUUUUAAAGAAGUUCAAGAAACAAAAAGGUGUGUCCGGCUUUUAGAGAUGAUUGAUAUAGUGGAGUACGUGUUUUCCAGCGCCCUGGCUGGAAAAGAUCUAGGCGCUCUCUGGAAUAAGAUGUUUGUUAACAUUGGAAACGUGCCUGGGUCGCGCCGAUUUGGCUGGUUUUGGAAUCAGUUUACCGAUCUGAACACUACAGAGCUCGAUGAAGAUGCCUAUGCGAAUCUGAUCGAAAUAUGGCACUUAGUGGAAGAUGCCUUUAGGGAGUUACUGGGAACCCUCUCAGGAGAACUAAACUUGUUAGUUCAGAAGUUCUACAUCAGGACCUGUGAAAAGAAAAGGAAAUUCGAGAUUGAGCAUGCUCACCAUGGCCUGUCCGCUGGACAUAAACCACAACAGAUUUCUCUCCACCAAAUUUCCCAAGAGAUGGUAGACGAUCUGGCUGAAUCCUACAUCGAUGAGAAUAAUUCAUCCUGGGCAAACCUACAUAAAGCAAUUCCUGCCGACAGCAAGAAUAAAGUGGAGGUUUUACGUAACGUAAGAGAUAAAACAGAGGAAGAAGGGAGCGAGAAAGGUUUUGAUGCCUUUAAACAAACCUUGAAGAGGUAUUUGUGUAUGUUCCCCGAGAGUGUCUUGAUGUCCGUCAUCGUUGGCUUCACUGGACAACUUUUUUUACAUGCGAAAGAAACACUGACACUUAAACUUGAAUACAUCAAGAUCCCAGAGUUGGAUUUAGACUGAAAUUUUAUUAACUGUCAGAAGAUCGGUGAUCAUCUAACCAUGAUGCAGUGAGGGAACUUGCACAAAAUCAAUAUCAUUAACUUUUCACUAAUUUGACAAACUACGUUUUGGUUAGUACGAACAAGUCGAUUCAGUUGAGCUCAAACGGACGUUAUUUCAGAUAAGAAUUUGUGUUAAAUUGUUACCCUCCUCUCUUAAAAUUGCUACUUUACAAGGAAUAAAGGAAAUGUUCCACUAGACAUAGAUUGACAUACUUUCAGAGGUUCUUUUAUUCUGAAUGGCCUUAGUAAAUAUGAAUAAAGGUUUCAGCCGUCCUUGCUUAGCCAGAGUUCCCUUGUAAUUUUUUGCUCAUUGUUACCGAGUGCUGGUUUUGGUUGGGAACCACGCCUUAUCAACACUUUCCUGGGGUGAACGCCCAGUUCCAGGGACAACCAAAAAAUCUGGGCAGAUGAUGAGCACUCAAGCUACCCUUUCUUCCCAUCCUCGUAUUCUACGCAAAAACUUUGGCGACAAAAGAGCGAAUUGCGGCAGAAGUGGGUAGGGCUGAAAGGGUUGAAACACUGAGCAAAAUCACUUGCUCUGAUAAGUUGCUUUCAGCAAAUGUCCUGUUCUUCGAAAAGGGUCUCAGUGUCUCUCACACUGUUGUAGACCUGUAACUCCCACAAGGGAUUGACAUGUAAUUUCUUCUAACAAUAUCUAACCAUUUCUCAGCGCAUUGACUAUGAGAAUAAACAAGUUAUUAGCUUCAGGGUGUCAUUGAUACAUGACAUCAAAUUCUCUGACCAAACCAAUUUACGAGGCAGUGUAUAGCAGCUAGAGGAAAGAAUUAUGAACUACAGCUUAGGGCUUGAGCUAACAUUCUCAACAACUUUGUCAGGCUCUUUCUCAGGGUCAGGCCAUAAAGAGUAGGAUAAUGUUCUAUCACACAACAUUCCCUUUCCUUCUUAGUCAAUUGUGUCAGGGAUCAUAGAAAAUUAAUUUCCCCACAGCGUUUUAAGUGAAGGUUAAACACCCUUCCCCAAUGUUGACGUGAGGGAGUUGGAAUAACUGUACAGGAGAAGUGAUUGGGAACAAGGCAGCAAGAGCUUGGUUUUCGAGUUGUUGACAAAGAUAUGUCUAAUUGUAUUUUCAAAAUCCCAUUCUCAUCUGCAGAACAAUUCAGUCCUCCGGGAUGUCAAUCGAGGAAACAUGGCUGUUGUUGGAAUAAUUUACGUGCCAGAGGGCCAAAUGGACAAGGAUGUCCAGGUAAGUGACACCUUGGCAACCUCAAAAUCAGUUUUCCACACUGUCUACCAUACAUUUCCUAUACAGUCCAACUGUCAAAGUUCAGCCUUUGUUUAACAAAACCACAUUCUAAGCCAUCUCCAAUUUAGCCGAACUUUUCAUCCGAGCAUUUAGUUUUGUGAACAGUGUCAAGAGGGCCAAAAGCCAAAAGUGGAAGGACAUAUAUUUAAUUAAAUUAACCCUCUCAGAGAGAAUCCCUGAGGCCCACUGCUUGCAUCUAACCAGACCUCGUUUAAUAACCAGUCCUCAGUGUUUGAUGAUAAAUAAAACAAUGUCCCCUAGUUGAUCUGUUUCUUUAUUCUCAUUACCUUUCUACUCCAAAUUGUGUUAAAAUUGGGAGGAGAAAUUAUUCUUUUGUUAUUCCUGGGAGUAAAAAGGUUAAAAAUAAAUAAAGAAAUAAAAACCAAUAGAUUACUUUUCAAUUUAACUCACAUUUAAUGACAAUCAGCAUAUGCAACAUUUUUCAGUAAAGCAAUGGUAUUCAGUGCAACAGCUCUCAAUCCUUGAUGAAUGUGGAAUGUUUCACGAGACUCCCCUCCUCAACUCUACUCACAAUAUGCUUAUUUCUUGAUUAUCUUAGUCUGUCAGGACUCUUAUAGACGCUUGUGCAAACUUUUUGGCCACCUAUGCUCCCAAAAGGGAACAAGUGGAAAGUUUGUUCGAUAUCACUGCUUCCAAACAUGUGGAUGGUGUGACAAGUAGGUCAUUUAUGUCAAUCAAUCUUGUACUUGUGUCGUGUUACACCUGCCUGUCUGCCCACCUGAAUUGUUCAAAAACAAAUAAUAAAUUAUUGUGAGUUGUUGGAGGCAACCUACUGGAUAACUUAGAAAAGAAGUUGGGUUAAAGUUUGCAUCAUAGAAGGAUUGUUUCUCGCUAACAUCAGCAUUGUGUGAGUGCUUCUCCUCAGGCCAUUUCAAAUAAUACAGUAAACACCCUUAUGAGCCUUCUACACUUGCCCUCCUCCCUCUAAAGCCUUCCAAUCAUCUCCUUGUCCCCCCCUCCCUCCUCGUCUCACCAUAUGGAGUCACCAAUAAUAAUUGCAGAUUGCAACAAUUCAAUUUUGGUUCUGCUGUUCUUCAUCAUUUGAUGCUAUAGUGCUUAACUGCUAUACAAAAAAAAAUUGUCUAGCAGCAUGGCAGUCAAAACAUAGUGAGCCAAAGUGUUAUUAAUAACUCUAUAUCACAAUAAAACAAAUUAUUUCAUCUAAGACUUGUACUAAAGCUUAUUUACAUCUGUAGGGUUGCUCAGCUCAGAGCUGAAGAGUCAACUGGUGCUGUGUAGUCUAAGGAAGUUCUCUGUUGCAACCAACUAUUAACAGUCUCUUGGUAUGAAACCUUUGAAGUACUGCAGACACAGACAUGCUGAAAGAAUCAUCCAUUAUGAGGACUUGUGCACACUUAAUCAAAGACAUGUUAGCCACCCACAAUGAUUCUCAAUAUCAUUGUGUAUGUUUAGAGAAAAGGCUCACACAGCACAAAAGUGAUUUCAAAGAAAAACACUUGCACAAAAAUUUUGUAUUCCACAAGUUAGCUACACAUGGUGAAGGUUGUGAGAAAUCUCAGUUUGUAGCAUUUUGGUGUUUAUAUCAAUCUGUAUCUACAAUUAUAAUUAAGGGAAUUUGUGCAAUAAAAGGCAUAUAUUGCUUUUGGGGCCCACUUCCAUUUUUCUGCAGCAUCAAGCAAAAUUUAGCCCUACUGACUUGUUUGCCAAGAAAAAGUCAUUGUCAUUUGUCUGGGCUGACUCAAUCCUUGUUUUUGAGAAACAUGUAUGCAAACUGUUUUAUACAUUGGGGUAUAAUCAUUUAUUGGUGCCACUAUCUUAGUCUUGAAUGGCCAUUUUAAGUCUUUCAGGCACAGUUUUAAUGAAGUCAUAUGUGUAUGUAAAGAAAACACUCUUUGAAAAUGUAAGGCAAAUGUUAUUCCUACAGACAAUAGUUUUUCAAGGAUGUAUAAUAAAACAGUAAUUGCAUUCAGUAUUCCCAAGAUACUUCUGUCACUAACACAAAUCAUAACCUUAAUAAUUUUUGUUAUCAUGUUUUACUCUUUAACUCUCCCAAGAUCUGAUUGUUAAUUCUCCCCUCUAGCUUAUAAAUUAGUUCAGAGAAGUUGGUGUUGAAUCAAGAUAUCAACUUCUACCUGACAAGUUUGAGUAUUCUUGUUACCUGCUUGCUGGAAAAGGUACAGAUAUUACUGGGAGAAUUUACAUCUUAAACACUUCUGAGAGUUAAAGAUGAACAUCACUCAAUACUCUCCUCAAUAAUCAUUACUAACACAGACCCAAGCCCUAACAGCUCCUUUUAUAUUGAAUUAUCUGUUCAGAAAUAAUAAUAAAUUAAGUUCUGUUUACCAGAAUAUGUCUUAUUAGUCUAAGGCAGUGUACACAUAUAUUUAUAGAAAAAGUCACUGAAUAAUUUUAUGCCCACUUUUUUUCUACCAAGAGUGUUUUCUGAAUCAAUUAGAUUUUUUAAUGAACCUCUUUCAUUACAGCAGGCUUAAUAAAUAUCCUUCAUGUAAAUUAGCCUUACCAGCCCUAUCAACCUGAGUAAAACCACAAGAAUGCUAGCUAAAAAGCCAGGCUGAGAAGACCUAUUUGCAUGUGUCUAAUAAUAAGAUAAUCAUUCCUACUGCAACAAAAGAUGUCUCUUUGUCCUACAACAGCCCAAGAAGCAUUGAGGGUCAUAAAUCAAUAUUAGGAAGAAAUAUUUUUUAGGGAACCAAAGGACAGUACAUUUUUGCUUAACUCUAAGAAAGUCAUACUGUAAUAUAUAGCCAAUUGAAUCAACAUAUACCAUCUGAGUGGC